CCUGGGGGGCGGGGGUGUAUUUAUAUCCGGGCCCGGAGACACUGGCUUCACAGGGACGUCGCAGGACCCCGCCUGCCAUGCCCCACGGUGCCCCCCUCCUCCUGCUGCUUCUGCUGCCCUGGGGCAGUCACUGCACCACAGGCGCAGAUGGGCCCAGUCGCUGCCCAGCCCGGAGGGAGGAGCCAGCAGAGGGAAUGGGCCAGACCUGCCAGAGGACCUGCACCCAGGACCGCGAUUGCUCCGGCCGCAGGCAGUGCCUGUGCGAUGGGGCCUGCGGGCUGAGCUGUGUGACACCCGGCCGGACCUGCCCGUGGCCCGUGCAGAUUGAUAAUGCCGAGACGCGUUUGGCCCAGGCUUCCCGCGGCUUCGGGGCCCUCAUGGAGGUGACCUGCCAGCCGGGCUUCAGGAUGUCCAAAGGGCAGGGAGCAGCGCUGAGCCGAUGCCAGGGGGACAGGAAGUGGAGUCUGACGGCACCCUGCGAACGGGAUCUGACCCCGUCGUCCUUCUGCGCCCCCCCGCCAGAGACCGACAAUGGAUUUCACAGCGGCGCCUCCUACAGGGCAGGUGGGGAGGUACGGUACAAGUGCAAGCGCGGGUACCGGCUGGAGGGCCCAGAGACCAUCCGAUGCCAGGAGAACCAGGAGUGGUCUGGGCCCGCCCCAACCUGCCACCCCGUGUUCUGCCCGCCCCCCGGGGACAUCGCCGAGGGCUACCUGGUGGCAGUGGAGAAGGCUCAGUAUCGGGCCGGGGAGCUGGUCUAUUACCUCUGCAAGCGCAGCUACCUGCUGGACGGCACCAACCGGGUCACCUGCCGGGGCAACGGCACCUGGUCACCCCGGCCCUUCUGCAGAGCGCGCUGCAUGGUGCCGGCCCAGCGGAGCCGUGUGCUCUACCAAGGCCGCAAGCUCUGGAUCCAGGAGAUCCCACAAAGGCAGGUCCAGCAUGGGGAGAUCGUCACCUUCUACUGCCGGAGCCAGAACCAGACCCAGAGUUGCAGCUACCCGGCCCCCUCACACUGCUUCGAUGGCCUGUUGCCCCUGCCGGCCUGCUACGAUGAGCCCACCUGGCUGCAGUACAAACUCUUCCCCAAGAGGGUGGUGUCCGAGAUCCACCCCUGCUGAGCCCCGCUGGCCCCCCACACCCACACACAGCCUGACCAGAUGGACCGCCCAUGUGGCGGGGAGGAGCCAGUGGCCAGCAGGGGACCCGCUGGACAAUGUUCCCUUCAUGGGAGGACCAAUCGUGUGAAAGCUCCUUGCGCGAGGGCCCCAGAUUGCAAAGGCUGCUUGUGCAAAGGUCCAGUUGUGUGAGGAAGGUCGAGGCUAAGGUCCCAUUGUGCAAAGAAGGUCCCUUCAUGCAAAGGCCCCAUCAUGCACAAACUGCGAUGCCAAGGCCCCGUGUGAGUUCCCAUCGUGCGAAGGCCUCAUUGUGCAAAGGACCCAUUGUGCGAGAGCCCCAUCGUGCACAGGCUGCAAUGCCAAGGACCUACCGUGAGACGGUCCUAUCGUUCGAGGUCCCAUCAUGCAAGGGCCUCUCGUGCAAAGGGCCCAUCGGUACCAGGGCCCCAUUGUGUUGGGCGUGAAAGAGCUGUGGGCAGAGUGGGGCAGUGGAAGGGGGCUUCCCUGCCCCCAUUCAGUGCAUUCCAGUUGCCGGGGGGAUCCAGUCCUGGCUUUAGAGCCCAUCUCCGACCCCAAUAGAGAACUGGGGGGGUGGGGGGGAAGGAGAGAGAAAAUCCAGGCAACUCCAUUCCAGCUGGCAGUGGAAUCCAGUGCUGGGUUUUCCCUCUCCCCAUAGGGCACACUUGGGCAAUCCAUGGUGGAAGGAAUCCUAUCGAGUCCAUUCCUGCUGCCAGGCAGAUCCAGUGCCAGGUUCCCCCCACCCCCGCCCUGCAGUCCCAGAGGACCAGUCCAUGGGAGGGGGCGGGGGGAGGAGGGGAAAUCUAGUCGAGUCCAUUCCAGCUGGCAGGAUGAUCCAGUGCCGGGUUUUCUCCUCCCUGUGGCCUCAGUGAAAGCCUGGCCCAGAUUCCCACACCUGGAGUGGACUCUGAGUCCAUCUCUGUGGCAGGAGGUGGGGGGCCACGGCGGGGAGGUUUCUGCUCUCUGGAGGGGGAAGGGGGAGGGGCGGGGGCUGUAUGUUCACUUGUAUUUAUUGGCUGUGCGGUUGCCAUUUUUAGUAGAGAAAUAAAACAAAGCAUGAUGCUGAAAUCUCUCCCAGAAUACUCUGGGGCCUGGAAUGGGGUGGGGAGGGAAAUGCCCCACUAAGGGAUGAUCUUGGGGAUCACCAGAAGAACAUCCUGCUAUGGGAUAAUAUCAGAGUCAGGGUUCACCCUGGGGGAAUUCCCCAUAUAGGAUAAUAUGAGGGGUCACCUGAAGAACUCCCUGCUACAGGAUAAUAGCACAGGUCAUCUUGGGAACUCCCCACUGUGGGAUAUAUCAGGGUCACCUGGUGGCACCCCUCUGAUAUCAGGGUUCACCCAGGGAAUCCCUUCCCUAGAGCAUAAUAGUUUUCAUUCUCAGGGUCCCCCCAGGAUAAUAUCAGUGCACCCAGGAUCUCCCUGCUAUGGGAUAAUAUUGGGGGGUUCACAUCCCUGCUAUGGCUAAUAUCGACAUUCACCCGGGGACCCCUGCCCUGUGGGAUAAUAUUGCGGUUUGCUCAGGGGGACCCCUCCAGACUCAUAUCAGGGUUCAACAGAAAAAAUCUCCCUGCUAUGGGAAAAUAUUCUGGUUGAACACAGGGAAUUACCCCUUGUGAGCUCAUUUUGGGGUUCAGCCAGGGGAACACUCCCUUGACAGAAAAUGUUGGGGUUCAGAUGAGAAACUCCCUGCUGCAAGGGGUCCCCCUUUUCUCUCUUCCUCAGUGCUUCUGCCACAACACCCCAAAAUCCCUCUCCCAGGAAACCUACGUGGGGGGGUCAAAUUCCCCAGGGCUGGGUGGUGGCGUUGUGGGGGCUCACACUUCUCCUUCUCCCAGGCAGGCGGCUUCCUGGAAUAGGCCCUGGGCAGCGUCCAAUGCAGGCAGCCAGGGAACAAAAGGCCAAAGACCUGAUACUAUUCACGCACAAACAGAACAGGGGCGCGGAGGUGAAGGACUCUGGGAAGGACGGGGACAAGGAUGGGGGGGGUCAGUGUGUCCAUCCCUAUCCCACCCCAGACCACAGCGACUUGCCUCCCCCAACCACAGGAGCAGCGCCCCGUGCUGUUAAAUCCGGGACAUGUUACCUUUAGCCUGCGGAACUGACCGACACAUGAGUUAGCAUGGGCUCAGGGCCAGUGGAACUUCCUGGGCCCAGAGUGAGGUCAGGAAGGGCUGUGAGGGUUCCCUCUUCCCCCAGAUGCAUUACGUGUGGGGGGAUAGGGGGCUGGACCAGCCUUUCCUUAUGGGGAGUUAUUCCUCCAUUGCCCAUGUGGGGGCGUUUGGUAUCUUCCUUUGACUUUGACAAAGCUACAGCUGACCACUAUCUGAGACCGAGAUAGA